UGGAGCAUUUCCAGGACUGAGGUAGCGUUGUGAGGUGGCUAAGGAGCAGGUGUUGAAGGAGCAGGGGAGAGCAUUUUUAGUUGCUCAGUUUCUGCAGUUGAAGCAUUUGGGAUUUUAAGAAGCUGCUUGUUGCUGUUGCAUGUAGCUAUUUAUUGGUCUGCCAGCAGUGUCUGAACCAGCUCCACAAAAGCUGACUUUGACAUCUCCACCUCUCCAUCUUGGUCCUGUCGUGAAGCCCAGUUGAAGUUCAUUUCCAUGCAUUAACAAUGUAUAACUGAAGGUAAUGAUCUUCCAGUCCACUAUCUACGCCUCCUGGCCCCGCCCUUGCAGCUCUUAUCAGCCGCAGUGUGGCAAGUAGUGCAGCAGGGACUUGUGGACCACUAUGGGAUGCUGGAGGAGUUUGUUACCAUGGUGACGGAACUGGUCCCAGAGCUGAUGAGCUACAGUCAGAGGGCUCAGCUCAUCUUGGGACUCAGGGCCAGGCUGGUUCUGGAGAUGUGUCGAGCGGAGCACCCAGUGGACAUGCAGACCAUCCAGCCACAUCUGGACAGAAUUAAAGCUCCAGUCAGCACUGCCAAGGAUCACCAUUUAACCAUAAACCAGGUGGAGGAAUCUGAGGUGAAUUUUGUGGAGUUGGUGCAUUCAUUACUGGAGGAUCCCUCCGAAAGAAAAUAUUUUUUCGAGGAAAUCUUCCCUGUAUAUUUUGGGCCAAAGUACGAUGCUGCGUUGGAGAUGCUGGUGUGGGAGUUCAUAUCAAGACUGGAGGAGAUGCUGCCAGUUCCAGACUUCACACAGUUGGCAGCUUUGCUCGGAGACGCUCCAUCAUUCCUCGACGACUGUUUACAAUCCUUUUUCCCGCCAGAGGACAUGAAGGCUGUGCUUGAACACCACAGGAACCUCGGCCAUUUUGAAGAGAAAGAUCCUGGAUUAUUACCCAUGGAUGACUGCAUCCUCUCCUCCCUGUCUCUGCCUCCUGGGACCAAACCUGUCACAAACACCACCUCAUCCUCACCUGCUCUCGAAGACUCAAACCCUCCGGAGCACGAAGGACGUCUCGACACUCCCUUCAACACGAGCUGCCUGGAGAGGGCGAUCAGGAGGAGCUCUGAGACUCUGAGACAAACGCUGAGGGAGACGAGAGACUCUGGCAGCUGGCAGCUGCAGGGGAGAGGCGUAAACAUUUCUCAGGAGAGAAAAGCGCAAAACUCAGUCAGUGCACGACCAUGUGAUGAAACCAUAGACCUCACCACGCCUAAUGAGACUGCGGACAGGGAUUCAGUAGCCAGUGACAACAGCCAAAGCUUGAGAGGAGCGCCGGUUCUCAGGAAGAGGAAGCUGAGCGGAGGUGUGGACAUUCCCUUGAAACAACCUGUGGAGGCAACGGCUUUCUUGGAUUCAUCAGUGGAUGAUGAGAAUUCAGGAGAAUCUCCACUUAUCUCCAUAUGGGGAGAAUAUACAGACUCUCAGGAAGGUUCUUUCCCAGUUGUGACGGACACAAAAGUCCCCUGGUCGGACGAGGAGACGCUCAAUCUUCUCGACAUCUGGGGGAAGGACUCGGUGCAGCGGGCGUUGAAGGGCUGCUUGAAAAACCGCCACAUAUUCACACAGAUUGCUCAGAGGAUGACGGAGAGAGGCUACAUGAGAACGGUGGAGCAGUGCCAGACCAGGAUCAAGCGGCUGAAGAAAAGCUUCCGCCAGAACAACAAAGGGAACUCCAAGCUGGAAUAUAAAUUCUAUGAGCAGCUGAAGCGGAUACUCGGCUCCUCGGCUCCCUCGGCUGUUCCCGAGGUCACCUAUGAUGUCGAAGAGGUCAUCGAUGAAGACGAGUCCCAAGACGGAGAUGACGACUUGCAGUUUCUUGGUCAUACGAGCCGACUGGAAAUUGGAACCAGAAGCGUUCCGUGGACAGACGUUGAGACAUUGACCCUCAUCAACACGUGGGGCGAAGACAAGAUGCAGCAGGAGCUGAGAGGAAUGCACCGAACAGGACACAUCUUCUCCAUCAUUUCCAACAAGAUGGCCGCCCAGGGCUUCUCCCGCACACCAGAGCAGUGCCAAACAAGGCUCAAAAGGCUGAAAUCAAACUUCAGGCAGUGCUACCAAAACAACUUGAAGGGACACGAGCAAGUUGAGUGCAAGUUUUACAAUGAGCUGGGAAGAAUUUUAGUGAAGGACUUCCAAUCAGUGCCGCAGCUGGAGGAAAUGCCAGGAGAGCCGGAGGAGACAAAAUUUCCCUCCUACUCCCAUCAGGAUAUCGAUUCUACAGUGGGUGUUCAGGAAGAGAGCAGGAAAGUCCCCUGGUCUGACAAAGAGACCAUCAUCCUUCUGGAGAUCUGGGGAGACCCACAGGUCCAGCAGAGCAUGAGACGCUACCCGCACAACGGUCACAUUUUUACUGAGAUAUCCGAGAAGCUCAGCGCCAACGGCUACUCCCGUACCGCAGGGCAGUGCCACACCAGGAUCAAACGGCUGAAAGCCAGCUAUCGGCAGUGUCGGGAAAACAUGAGCUCAUCUGGGACUGACAGAGUCGACUUUAAGUUCUAUGAUCUGUUGGAACAAAUCCUGGACAAGCAGCCGUCGACGUCCUCCACUGUGGUGACGGACUCCAUCGAAAUAUCAGAGGACUCCAACGGUGAAUCUGUGACUGAAGCAGACAUGCGACAAAGACAUGGACGAAGAAAACGGACUCAGUGUGCAAAGCCCUUCACACAACUAGAAAAGAGUAACAGAGUUGCACAGAAGGUUCUCUCUAAAGAUGGAGACAUCAGCAUGCCGACAGAAAAACUGACAACUAGCUCGUGGUCAGACGAGGAGACCCUGGCGCUUAUCGAGAUCUGGGGCGACGAAGACGUUCAGAGGGCGCUGAGGGGUUUCGUCCACAACGGACACGUUUACGCUGACAUAGGGGAGAGAAUGCACGACCUUGGCUACUCGAAGACCGCCGAGCAGUGUCGCUGGAAAGUCAAGUCACUGAGGACGAAUUUUCGACAGUGCUACGACAGGAAGAAAUGUGGAAGAAGAGUUGAUUACAGAUUCUAUAACCAGCUGGAGCAAAUACUCGGACAGGAGGCGGUUUCUAUUGAUGAGUAUGAUGAAAGAGACGAACAACCAGAUCAGGAUCCAGGUGCAGAUGGUGUGAACACAUCGUGGACGGAGCAGGAGACGGCAGCUCUCGUGGAGAUUUGGGCUGCAGACGACGUGCAGCACAGCCUGAAAACCUGCGUCCGCAAUGGGCACAUAUUCGCCGACAUGUCGGAGAAGAUGGCCGCCAUGGGAUACAUGAGGACGGCGGAGCAGUGCCACUCCCGGAUCAAACGGUUGAAGAAGACUUACAGGCGCUACUGCAACAGCCGGAGAAGUGGAGGACGGCCCACUGUGUUCCGAUACUUCCACCUCCUGGCCCCAGUGCUCGGUGAUGACUCUGUGUGCACUGAUGUGGACACUACUGUUGCUGACACCACCCUGCAACCCCUCAUGGACAAGGAUCCUGAAAUAUACGAGCAGCCCUCAGCCAGCCACCUCCUGGCCGACCUGAGCAGGAAGAUGCCCUGGUCGGACCAGGAGACUCGCACCCUGCUGGAGAUCUGGGGUGAAGACAACGUGCAGCUCACUCUGAGAGGCUGCCUGAAGAACCGUCACGUGUUUGAGUACAUCUCUGAGAAGAUGAGCGACGGAGGGUUCAUCAGGACCUCAGAGCAGUGCUACACACGCAUUAAGCGCCUUAAACAUGGCUUCCUCCACGAAAAGGAGGAUUAUAAAUUCUUCAAUGAGAUGGAUGGAAUCUUCAGGAAGGAGCUGAAAGUGGACGACACAGUCGCAGACACGCCAGUCAUGGAUGAACCAGAAGAGGUGCCUCAGAAGAAAGUUGCCUCAGGUACACAGUGGGUGGGCGACAGCUCGAAGCUGGCCUGGAGCGAUGGGGAGACCGAGGCCCUCCUGGACAUCUGGGGCAGCGAGGAGAUCCAGGAGAACUUGAAGGGCUGCACCAAGAACAAACACAUCUUCAUCCAGAUCUCCGAGGUCAUGGCUAGCCAGGGCUACAUGCGGACUCCUGAGCAGUGUCAGACCAGGAUCAAGAGGCUGAGGGCCAAUUUCAGACAGUUUCUAGAGGGCAGAAAAGGAGAAAAAUCGGAGUGCAAGUUCUUUGACCAGCUGGUGCAGGUCUUUGGAAGCAAGUACAUAAUAAACUCUGACCCCCUGGCCGACGACACAGCCGAUGGUAUAGAGACCUGAGACUGUCCGUCAUCGUGGAGUCAGAUCAUGAGGACGCAGCAGCUGCAGACGACGGAGGAACAUCGAGAAGAUAAGAACAAGGACACUGAAGCAGAAACUGUCACAUCAGCAGCUGUGGUGUGCAGUUGUUUACAGAUGACAUUUGCCUCUGUACAUACAAAUACUUUUACAUUCUUCAUACACACUGGCUGUAGUGGUGUGUGUGUGUGUGUGCGUGUGUGUGUGCGCGUGUGUGUUUGCGUCCCUCCACCAGUGUCUUUGUAUGAUUUCCAAAAGAGCCAUGACACUAAAUCCAGAAAGCUCAGGGCUCGAGGGACAAAAACCAAUCUCUGAUUUUGACUUGGAGGGAGUCACUUGAAACGCCGUGCUCCUCCAGAAAACAUGUUUUUGCUAGCGUUGAAUUAUUUUGUACUUUGAAUCGAAGCACACGCAAAAAGAAACACACGUAAGACCUCUGUUACCGUAAGCACUGCGCACAUUUGCUUUGUUUGUUUUAUUCUGUCUUUGCACUUGUUUACAGUGUUUGAAAUCCGAGUUGUGAAAGUUGGAUUCAUGAAGCUAAUUCUUAUUUUUUACAUCAUAUGAAUUGAUAUUGUCCAGAAUUAUAUUUAUUUAAGUUAUUGUUUACAUAUGUAUUCCAAACUUUUACAGUUUUCAUUGAAUAUGUUUCACUUCAAACUUUAUUGAAGCGCAUAUUUUCCACAAACUUGUCGAGGUUUUGUCACACGCAUUAAAAAAAAAUUAAAAUG